GCGGCCGGAAGUGCCAGGGCCAGAGGCGGCUCUGGGUCUGCUGCAGCCGGUGCGGCCCGAGCACGGCCUCUCCCACUCCCCCACUCCUGACAGGUUCCCUCAGUCACCCCUGCCAUGCACCCGCGGCGCCCCGACGGCUUCGACGGCCUCGGCUACCGCGGGGUCAGCCGCGACGAACUGGGCCCCGGCUCCAGGCCCUUAAGCGGUGGCUUGGAGCUGGGCCCCUGGGUGACCAGCCCGCCCGACAUCCCCGGCAGCCGCAACCUGCAUCGGGGCGAGAAGACGCCGCCGUAUGGGGCCGGGACCCCUCUGAGCGGCGCUGGCCCCAACGAGGAGGCCAACCUCGGGACGGGCGGCCCCGGCGCCGAGCAGUUGAACAGAUUUGCUGGCUUUGGUAUUGGUCUUGCAAGCCUAUUUACAGAAAAUGUGUUGGCACAUCCUUGCAUUGUUCUACGUCGUCAAUGUCAGGUUAACUAUCAUGCACGGAACUAUCAUCUCACACCAUUUACAAUUGUCAAUAUCAUGUACUGCAUCAAUAAGACACAGGGUCCAAGAGCUCUCUGGAAAGGAAUGGGCAGCACUUUCAUUGUUCAGGGCAUAACCCUAGGUACAGAAGGCAUCAUCAGUGAAUUUACACCUUUGCCAAGAGAGCUUUCACAUAAAUGGAACUUCAAGCAGAUAGGUGGACACCUUUUACUCAAAGGGUUAACACAUGUGAUAGCAAUGCCUUUUUAUUCUGCGAGCCUGAUUGAAACUGUACAGAGUGAAAUCAUUCGAGACAAUCCCGGCAUCCUGGACUGUGUGAAAGAAGGAAUUGGCAGAGUUGUAGGCUUGGGAGUACCCCAUAGCAAGCGUCUCCUUCCUCUGAUGAUCCUGACUUUUCCCACUGCUCUGCAUGGAGUUCUUCACUACGUCAUCAGUUCUAUUGUCCAGAAGCUUGUCUUGUUUGUUUUGAAAAGGGAUAAUUCCCACAACCUUCCAACUGAGAGCUCCACUUCUGUGCAGAGCAUGCUGGAUGCAUAUUUUCCAGAACUUAUUGCUAGCUUUGCUGCUAGCCUUUGUGCUGAUGUCAUGCUUUACCCACUGGAAACAGUUUUGCACCGCCUUCAUAUUCAAGGGACACGCACAAUAAUUGACAAUACAGACCUUGGCUAUGAAGUGCUUCCAAUCAAUACUCAGUAUGAGGGAAUGAAAGACUGCAUAAAUACUAUAAAACGGGAAGAAGGAAUGCAAGGUUUUUAUAAAGGAUUUGGAGCUGUUAUAGUACAGUAUACCUUGCAUGUGGCAGUUUUACAGCUUACCAAAAUUAUUUACUCAACACUGCUUCAAAAUGUUCCUUAAUCUGUCCAGGUCUGGAUCUAGCACAAUGGACAUGAUUGACUUGCUAACCUAGUUACUGUUUAAAUGGCUUAGAAAAUGAACUUCGGGGAAUCCACCCUGUGGAUUCUCCUUACACUGUAGAACAACUUGUUUUUAAAAUGGGGAUAUAGUUUCCGAAGUGUAAUUAAAAAAGGACUGUUUAAAAAUUACAGACACAAACUGAAUAUGUCAUAUGCAGUCAUACAAAGGGGAUCAGAUUUCAAAUAUGAUUGCAUUGAGGAUUUACUUUUCCUCUUACCAGUACUCUGACGUAAGGAAUGGAUAUGAAUUGUUAGUAUCUGCUUUAUAAGCAUCACAUCUGAUAUUUAAUAUGGACUGUUAGCCAGUUGAAAGGAGUUUAUUUUCUUAAGUUGUAAGAACUUGCAAGUAGGGGACUGAUGUCUUUACUGGUCUUUUAAAAAUGUUUCCAACUUCACUGUUAAUGGAACUGUGAGUAAAAUAGAAACUGUAAAAGUGACUUAAGUAGAUGUAAAUGUAAUAAUUUACAGGUACCUAGAAGACUUACUUUUCUACAGUGUCACAGAAGGUGACAAAUGGGAAUCUCUUGCUUUGUAUAAAAAACAACAAAAAAUGAGUGUGGGGCAAAGUUGCCCAGAAUGCAAAUUUGGCUGUCCUGCAGUUUGUGUGCAAGGCUUGCAUUAACUAAGUGUGUGAAUAAAGCAAAAUAGGAAUUGUUCUGUGCAUGUCAUUUUUAGCUGACUUUCCACUGACAACUUCAGGGUUUAGUUUUACUCUAAUGCUCCAUAUAUGAGAGUGUAGUAAUCAUACGAAUCUGUGGUGUAGUAGUAGUAGUAGUGGUGGUGUUCAAAGUGUACAGAAAACCUAAAAAACAAUUGGCUGUUCCUAGAGUUUCUCUUUUGUUAGAUUGGAGGGGUCUGUAUAAAAUUGUCUCCUUAAGUAUUUAGCACUGAUGUCUGUAAUUUAAAAUCUCUGCUGGUUUAAAUAUUUUGUGGAGCAGGGCUAAGCCUGUUUAUGUGCAAAGGAGCCACUGAAAUACAUAAUUUUUGCCCUCUUCCCCCUUCAGACUCAGCCUGAAAAUUAUUUUUAAUUAUUCUAAAUAACCAAGUCCUUGGUUUCAUCAGUAAAUAUAGGGGGUGGGGAGAUGGUUUUUGCAAGCUAAGACAAGCAUGUGGAAAGUCACUUUUAAAUUAUGAGAGGCUGCUGCUUUUUUCACAUUCAUGUGGCAAGUCUGUUUUUGUGAAUGCUGUAAACUGAUCUGCAUUUUAAUCAUCCAUCACUGUGUAGUUAUCACUUAUGGAAAGUAGUCAUGGUAAAAUAAUGCAAAGAUGUUGCUCUUUGUAAGUUCUGACCUCAGAUCAGGUCUACUUUAUUAUUAAUCUAACUUUCAUGUAUUUUAAAUGCCUAAGUGUUGAAAUGGAAGGUAUGGUGAACUUGGAAACGAGUUUCUUUUGAAAUACUGUUGAUUGCAGUUUUAGUGUAUAGUGUAUGAAAUAAAAAGAGAAUUCACUGUAUGUAUUAUAAAAUAAUUCACCAAAGAGGCAUGUAAAGGAA